CGAAAAAUUUCGCCGGAUCGCACAUCAUGAGCGAUGAAUCAAGUAAAAUGUCGUCGGAAAAGCAUCAAUUCAACUGGACCGACGAGUUAACCGACCUAUUUGUGGAUCAAUGUUACAAAUUUAAGGACAGAUUUCGCAUUCCGAACCUCAAAGGCGCCGUUUUGUGGACCGACAUCCUCGAACACUUCCUUUCGCUCGGGCAUCCCGUGACUUUGGGCAUUCUCAUGCGAAAAUUCAGCAAUAUGAAGACGACUUACGGCAGAAUUGUCAAAGCUGGGCAUCAAAACAAGACAAAAUGGCCCUAUUUCGAUAAAUUUGACGAAAUUGUCGAUGAUGUUGACAUUGAAUGGAGCAAAAAUGACGAACCUGUGAAGACAAUUCGUGAAAAACGACCAACUGCUACCGUUGUUGAAUUUCACUGGAAUCACGAAUCAACAUCGCUCCUUUUGCAAGAAUAUCUCGAACGAUUGUCGUCAUUUCGUGAUCCAAAAGCCCGAAAAAAGGAAUUAUGGGACGAAAUUCGAGAUAUUUUCGAGGAAAAUGGCUUCAAAAUUUCCAGCGACUUGUUAGAUCGCAAAUUCCGGAGUCUCAGAAACAGAUUUUUGGAACUCCAAUCAAGUCACAAUUCGGAUAAGACGGCGUGGAGUUAUUACAAGAGUUUUGAGAAAAUUUGCGAAAAUCAAAAUCAAGUCUUUGACGCCGUGCAACCAAAGAAAGAAGUCAUUUACAUGGAAAAUCACGAUGAAAUGUACGAAGAUGCGGCAAAUAGCGAAGGAAAUUAUUGUCAUUCCGAGCGAGAAUUUGCAGAUGAAAUUGACGACGAAGGAGCUCCAUUGACAAAAAGGCUUAAAACUGAACACAGAGAGGAUUAUUACGAGCAAAAAUUAGAAAUUGAACGCAGAAAAGUCGAAGAAUUGGCGAAAAUUAGGCAAAAUAUGGCGGAGCAGAACCAAAUAAUGAGAGAAUUUUUGGAAAUUAUGAAAAGGAAGGCGAUGAGUUAGUGUGAAAUUUUAUUUAGUAAAAUAAAUUU